UAAAUAAAGCGUGAUUACAAAAAACAUAAUGAAUGAUACUAUAAUAUUCUGACAGUGCCUACUCUUCUUGGAAAAUGACUUGCAAUUAUUAGACAGCGCCUGUCACAGUAAUAAUUUUAUAUGACAUAACCGGAGUUUAUCAAUUAAGGCUUACAGUUUAUAUUGCUGUCAACACACAGAACUCUCAUAAAAUAUUGAAAGUAUUUAUGUAAAUAAUACAAUGGGAUUGCUAACUGAAGGAAGACCUUUGACAUGGGAGGAAACAAAGUCUUAUUCUAACCAUGUUCGUGAGCAUGGUAUUACACAAUUCAUAAAUUUGUAUAAGAGGCUUCGUGAUAGACAAGGCGAUGUUUUGAAAUGGGGAGAUGAGGUGGAAUACGUACUUGUUAAAUUUGAUGAUGAGAAAAAGGAAGCAAAAGUAUCGCUGCGUGCGCAAGAAAUAUUGACACAGCUUAAUGAGAAAGAAGCAAUAGAUGUUGAUGGAGUGAAAUCAUUGUGGAGACCUGAAUAUGGAGCUUAUAUGAUUGAAGGAACACCAGGAAAGCCUUAUGGUGGUCUAUUAGCGCAUUUCAAUGUAGUAGAAGCUAAUAUGAAGUACAGACGAGAGGAAGCAGCCAGUUUGUUACCAAAGGGUGAAGUCCUCAUGUCCCUUACAAGUUUUCCUAGGCUCGGCUGUCCGAAAUUUACAUUUCCUGAGUAUGAUCCUACACCUGAUAGUGAAGAAGGUGCUUCACAAUCAUAUUUUUUCCCAGAUGAAGCUAUAUUUCCAGGACAUCCAAGAUUUAAAACAUUAACAAAAAAUAUAAGGCAGCGAAGAGGAGAAAAAGUAGCCAUAAACUUGCCAGUGUUCAAGGACACAAAUACUAAAGAUCCUUUGAGUGGAUGUGAUUACAAAACCACACGUGCCAUUAAGGACUGUGUUUAUAUGGAUGCAAUGGGAUUUGGUAUGGGAUGUUGUUGCUUACAGUUAACUUUUCAAGCAUGUAAUAUCAAUGAAGCACGAACAUUGUAUGAUCAGCUAACACCCUUGUGUCCAAUUAUGUUGGCUUUGACUGCUGCUUCACCUUUGUACCGAGGAUAUGUGACAGAUGUUGAUUGCAGAUGGAACGUUAUAUCAGCUAGUGUUGAUUGUAGAACACCAGAAGAGCGAGGAGAAAAGCCUUUAAAUGAGAAUCAAUUUCGCAUUAAUAAGUCUAGAUAUGACUCAAUAGAUUCAUAUCUAUCUUCUCAGGGCGAAAGAUAUAAUGAUGUUGAACUUGUGUAUGAUACAGUAAUUUAUGAUCGAUUAAAAGCAGCUGGAAUUGAUCAUUUGCUCGCUCAGCAUAUUGCCCAUUUGUUUAUACGAGAUUCAGUUUCUUUGUUUUAUGAAAAAAUUCAUCAAAAUGAUGAGGAAGAUACAGACCAUUUUGAGAACAUUCAAUCCACAAAUUGGCAAACCAUGAGGUUUAAACCACCUCCACCCAAUUCUUCCAUCGGAUGGCGUGUUGAGUUUCGUCCUUGCGAAAUUCAGCUUACUGACUUCGAAAAUGCAGCUCUCGUUUGCUUUGUUGUUCUCUUGACCAGAGUCAUCCUGAGUUAUCAAUUAAAUUUUAUAAUCCCUAUAAGUAAGGUUGAUGAAAACAUGCAAAAAGCUCAAAGGCGGAAUGCUUGUCGAGAGCAAACAUUUUGGUUUAGACGUGACAUAACUGCUAAGAAUUCAGAAUCAAGACAAACAUGUGCCUUAUUAUCAGAGUCUGCACAAAAGGUUGAGGCUUGUGAUUCUGUUGAUCGAGAAUAUGAACUAAUGUCAAUAGAUCAAAUUAUAAAUGGAAAAGGUUCAUUUCCUGGUCUUGUUCCAUUAAUUAAUAGUUACUUGAGCAGCAUGGAUGUAGAUGCUGAUACACACUGUUCUAUACAACAAUAUCUGAAACUAAUUCAACAAAGAGCAUCUGGAGAAUUACUUACAACUGCAUCAUGGAUUCGACAACAAGUUCUUAACCAUCCUGAAUACAAAAAAGAUUCUGUUGUCUCUGAAAGGAUCAAUUAUGAUUUGCUUAAACGUGCUUAUGAAAUUCAAAAUGGAAAUGAACCUUGUCCAGAACUAUUGGGGAGAGGAGGCAAAUCGAAAACUAAAGAAAACAUACCAGAAGCAUUAGAAAAACAAUUGAAAAUGAAUGGAGAAUGCUGCCCAUGAAAUAUUAUUAUGCUUUUACAAAUUCUAAACUAAUGUUAAUUGCUGUAGUAUAAGUAAUAUGAAUUAUCACUAUUAUAAAUUUAAU